AUGGCCUCCGUCACCAUUGCAGACCGUGGGCCUCCCUUACGCUACGAGGGAUGGAGCACGGCGACAGUGGCUGCCUCGUUUGCGGCUGCGGCCGACCGCUGGGCGACAGCAACGGCUCUGGCAGGUGGCGACAGCUUUGAAGGCCUUGGCGAAGUCGAGGGCAACUCCGCCCCCAAGGUCCUUUCCUAUGCAUCGCUGCGAGCGCUGGUGGCUAGCACUGCCGUGCGUCUCCAUGCAGCUUCGGAAGGACUGGAGCGGGAUCGGAAGGAAGUCAUGGUCGCCCUUUUCGUGGAUGAGGCAGCGCCGCUGGUGGUUGCGAUGCUGGCAAUCCUCUGGGCUGGGCUCUGCUUCGUGCCGGUGGAUCUCGCCGCGUGGCCUUACGACCGCUGCCGCUACGUUCUCGACGUGUCUGGAGCUGCUCUAGCGCUGGCUUCCGAGGCGCGUCGCGAGGCCGCUGCCGGACUCCUGGGAGCGGACGGAGGCUGCGCCCUCGUGAUGCUGGAGGAUGCCCUGGCAGCGUCUAGUCAGGCCGUGUCGCCUCUGCUGUCGGCACCUGCGGAUGUCGCACCGGAGGACUUGGCUUAUGCUAUUUUCACCUCCGGCUCCACAGGGCGGCCCAAGUGUGUUCUUUGUGAGCACCGGGCGGCCGUAGCCUACGCCUGGGCCAAGGCCCAGGAGGAAUCUCUCGGGCCAGGCAGCCGGCAGCUUCUGGGAUCACACUUCACCUUCGAUCCUGCACAAGGCGAUGUUUUUGGAGCCUUGACACUGGGAGCCACUCUCGUCACGCUGCCCCGCUCGACUGUCCUGGGUGCAUUGCACGAUGCUCUGGGCUUGGAUGUCACCCAUGCCACAAUGACUCCAACACAGUGGUCACUGAAGGCCCCUGGGCCACUACCAGAGCUGCAGAACCUGACUUUGUGUGGGGAGACCAUGCGAGUGGACACCAUUGAGACCUGGUCGCCAGCGCUGGCCUUGCGCAAUAUGUAUGGCGUCACGGAGGCCACUGGCUUGCAGACGUCGCACCGCGUGGUCACUGGCGACUCUCCGAAACUGGUUGGCUAUGCCCUGCCUGGCUACGUCGUCGCUCUCUCUGAGGAGGGCGAGAUCUUGCUGGCCGGCCGCGGCUUAGCUAGAGGUUACCUUGGCCGCGAGGAGGAGACGCGGCGGAGGUUCGUGGACUUUCGACACGCCCUGGAUGACACCACCUUGGAGGCCAGGGCCUACUGCACCGGCGACCUCGGCCUAAUGGGCCCGCAGGGGCUCGUGCUCAAGGGCCGCCGGGACCACCAGGUAAAGAUCUCUGGCGUUCGCAUCGAGCUUUCCGAGGUGGAGCUUGCUGUCCUGGCUGCCGGCAUCGCAUCUGCUUGCACCGUGGUUGUCGCCCAGGGCGUGUUGGUGGCACAUGUUGCGCUGGGUGACCACACCUUUGACUGGAUCCUCCGCGCGACUUUGGAGGCCUGCGCAGCUGCGCGCCUGCCCAAGGAGGUGGUGCCACACCACUUCCAGCCGCACGUUGCCCUGCCGCUGGCCGCUGGAGGAAAAGUGGACCGGCAGGCCCUGGAGGCGCUGGGCCUUCCCCGGGGCCCCGAGGCGGCGCCCGGCGGCCCGGCCACCACGGCGCUGGAGGCCGCCGUGGCCGUGGCCUGGGCUUCGGCACUGCGCCGGCCCACGGAGGAGCUGGGCCGCGGCUCCAACUUCCUGUGGCUUGGUGGCGACAGCCUCGCCGCGCUGCGUGCCUGCAGGGCCCUGCGCGAGGAAGUGCGUUCCGCAGCCUUGGUGGAGCCGCAGGAUCUGGACGUCCAGCAGGAGCAGCGAGGCGAGGCCGGGCUGCUUGUGGAGGCCGAGGCGCCGCCAGGAGCUCUUUGUGUGCUCAGCGCCGCCCUGGGCCCGCUGGCACCUUGCGAGCUGAUGGCAAGGCCGACACUCCAGCAGUAUGCGGCCUUUCUGGAGGAAGAGGGCAUCGAGGCGAAAGGCGCAGAAGGGCCUGUGGCCGGCUAUCCUGCUGUCAAGACGGCGGCGGGGCCUAGCGCAGGUCUGCCCACUGAUGGGGAGGAACCCCUUGCCAAAAUGGCAGGUGUGGACGACAGAGGUGCUGGCGGCUCGGCGGAACUGGCGCUGGCUGCUGCAGCACGUGAGGGUCGAGAGGAGUUGGUGAAGGCGCUCCUCCAGGUCGGGACCUCUCCCAACGGCAGCGCGCGGGGGAUGCCUCCCAGGGGUUACACGCCUCUGCAUGCCGCCUGCGCGGCGGGGCAAGAAGGCGUCGUGGCCAUGCUCCUGGAUGCCCGGGCCAAUGUCAGAUCCAUGACAGAGGCGAGGACGAGCCCCGCACAACUGGCGGCAGCCCAGGGCGAUGCGGCCACCCUGGCUCGACUUCUGGCCGUCGAGGGCGCUGAGGGGGUGGCCACCUGGGCGCGCGACGUGGACCAGCAGACUAUCCUCCACCUGGCGGCGAGGUCCGGAGAGGUGAAAGCUGUGGAGACUGUGCUGGUCAAAGUGAAGGGCCUCCGCGCCAAAGACGGCGGCUUGGAAGCCAAGGAUCGUUGGAGCAGGACGGCCCUCGAAUGGGCGGUGGCCAACGGCCAUGAGGAGGCAGCAGUGUGCCUCAUACGGAAUGGCGCCUUCUCAGGCGGCAUCCCGGAUGCCCUUCUGGAGAACUACCAGGUGGACCUCUCGGCGCCGUCCAAGCCUGGACAGCCCAAAGCGGCGCGGAAGGAGGUCCAGCCUGAUGCCAAGAUCGCCUCACUCGUUUCCUCGCUGCCCUCCAGCGCGGAGUGUUGCGAGGAGAAGCAGCUCUUUGCCCUGACAGCUCUGCGAGACUUCUGCUGCGGCGCCAAAGAACACCGCGACGCGGCGCGGCGCAGCGGGGCCGUGGGCAGGCUCCUGGCCUUGCUAUCCGGCCAGCGAUCAGAGGUGGUGGCUGCCGCAGCUCAGACGCUGCGAAACAUUGCGGCAGAUCGACCAGGAGCGACAGCCUUGUGCGAGGAAGGAGGUGUGGCGCUCCUUCUGGACGUUGUCAAGCGAGGGGAGAACUCUCCUGAGGCCUGGCGGGCUGCUUCCGCGCUCGCAAACAUCGCGGAGUUCGCAGAACUUGCUCCAGUGCUUCGUGAGGCUGGUGCGGUCCCUGAGCUUCGCAGCCUCUCGGGGCAGCUUCCCAGCAGUUUGCAGUGA